AUGGCCAUCAUCAGUGGGACUCCUUCUCCUAGACAACCCAUUCUCAACCAAGACUCGGCCAAAACCAUACUUCAACAACACCUCAAAGACACGACACGAUCGGACAUUGUAAAAAUAGCCAACAACGGCCAAGGUCUAAUCUUCGUUGACAUUAUGAACAAGCAGUGUGACGGCUUGGAGAACAGGCUCGCGGCAGAGGAGAACAGGCUCACGGCAGAAAAGAACAGGCUCGCGGCAGAGGAGAACAGGCUCGCGGCAGAGAAGAGCAUGCUGCAGAAUGAUGAUACAAAUCUACAAGAUCAAAUUGUAAAUCUGCAAGAUCAAAUUGCAGAUCUGAAGAACAAGCUGGACGAUCAAACAACAAAUCUGCGGAACAAAGCAACAUGUCUGCGGAACGAAAUAACAACUCUGUGGAAUGAAACAAAUCUGCAGAAUGAAAUGUCAAAUAAAGCGACAAGUUUACAGAACGAAAUAAGGAAUGAAAUAACAAGUCUGCAGAACGAAACUACAUAUCUGAGGAUUGAGCAAUGA